GCACAGUUUGUCGUUACUUUUUGUGAGAAACAUGAGCCACGAGGGAGUUCAAGACCAUAAUACUUCUUUGGGCUCAAAUGCCCAAUCUUAUUAAUCCAAACAAAAUAAAGUCCAUUGUUUUUACUUCAAGCCCGAGUUGGGCUGAAGGCCGGUCUUCAAAUCGUGAGGGCACACCCGUCAUUCGGACUGAAAGAAAGAGAAGAAAAGCCGUCUAAUUCUCUUACAACGUCAACAACCAUUGGAAAAGAAACACGUGUUGGUAUGUAAUUAAGGAACCGAGCCAUAAUGUCAUAACAUAACGGUCUCCUCUACUUUUACGAGCCCAAACAUUCGCUUCUCUUCGAUAACCCGAAUUUCCCUCUCUAUUUAAUAAUACCCCAAGAAAAAGAGAUUAGAAAUAAUCAAGAAACAGAGGAAAGAAUUUUAAACAGAAACCUGAAAAUGGCUGUGGAAACAGUAGCACCAGCACCAGCACCAGCACCAGAACCAGUACCAGCACCGACACCAGCACCCACUCCGACAGCAACAGACAAUGACAUGACCAACAACGCUGCACAGACACAGCAGAAGAAGAACAGGAUUCAAGUCUCUAAUACCAAGAAACCCCUCUUCUUUUAUGUCAAUCUUGCUAAGAGGUAUAUACAACAGCAUAACGAGGUGGAGCUUUCUGCUUUGGGAAUGGCAAUCACCACAGUUGUCACAAUUGCUGAGAUUUUGAAGAACAAUGGAUUAGCCACAGAGAAGAAAGUUUUGACAUCUACAGUAGGCAUGAAAGAUGAAAACAAAGGACGACUAGUUCAAAAGGCCAAGAUUGAGAUAGUGUUGGGGAAGUCUGAGAAAUUUGACAGUCUGAUGGAAGCUGCCAAUACAGCCACAGAGGCAGAAACCCAAGACAAAGAAUGAAGGGAUGCAUUAGUAGAGCCAUGCAUGCUCUGAUGUUACCUUUUGUUGUAGUUCUAUGUUCAAAACCUCUAAAUUUUGCUCUGUUUUUCUGUCUGUCUAAUAUAGUUGAUGAGUAGGAUGGAUAAUAGGGUAGGUUUUAUUUUUUAUUUUUUUGGUCAUUUCAUAUAAGUGCUGCUGUUAUGGAAAUUCAAAAUGGUAUGGGCAUAUAAUAGAGCCAAGUUGUAUGCACCUCUCUUCUGUGAUCUGUCAUCAGAGUUGUAGAGAUGAAUAUGUGCCUAAUUAUAACGAUCUUUCAUAUGUA